AUGCUCACCACGGAUGUCCACAGCAGUGCAAAUAGCUCCCACGACAGAGACGUGAUUCUGAAUAUCUUGAGUGUUCUUACUGAUCUUCUCUCUGUGGGGACGGCCCGGAGGAUUCACUACAUGAUUAGCAAAGGAGGCAGUGAAGCACUUCUACAGGCCCUGGUGAAUGUGGCUCAAACUCCCACGCCGGACAAUCAUGUCCUCUUGUCCGUGCUUCGCCUGGCUGCCAAGGUGGGCCAGAAAGAUAAGAAGUUUGGGCUGAAGGCCCAAAAGCUGGAGGCCAUUGAUGUGAUGCUCAGCUUGGCAAGGAAGAAUCUGAACCACAGCCAGAAUCUCACCCACUGCCUUUGGGUGCUCCGAGUUUAUGCUUCUAAUGCUGCCGUGGGGACCACCUUGGGAGUGAAUGGAGCCACGGAACUGCUGUUCAAAGUCAUCACACCUUACACCAGGAAACACACCACGACAGUAAGGGCAGCGGUUGAAGCUUUGGCUGCUUUGUUGAAAUCAAAGUCAAAUAGUCGACGAGCUGUCAGCAGGGGCUCCGUGUGCCAGCUGCUCCGGCUGUACCAGGACUGGCAUCAGCAUGACACCAGCAACAGUUACAUCUGCAUCCGGAGGGGCUUCCUCCUUUGCCUCAAGCACAUCACCAAUGUCCGGUCUGGCAGAGAAUGUUUCCUCCUUGCUAGUGGGAUGGAGGUGCUCUUUCAAACAGCUCAGGACUGUCUGAGUAGCAAGAGCCUGGAUCCAAUCACAAACACAGUGACUCAAAUCUUGAGGAAAACCUACCCCAAAAUGCCUCUUCCUGCGGCUCCGUUGAGCAGCCCUUAUUCCUUCCCCGUUCCUGGUGGCGCCAGAACUGGACCUUUGGAACCCAGGCCAGAGGAUAAAUUGCUCUGCUAUGGUUGUGAAGAAGAUGGAGAGGAGACUGAGAAGGACCUGAAUAGUGAGGAAGUGGAAACCAAGGAGGAAGACGAUGAUUUAGAGACAGAUGUUGACAAGCUCAUGUCUAAACCAGAGCCUGAUCGACCAGAGUCAGAGCUUGAACAGUACCGGGCAUUGUGUUUGGAACUUUGCGGCAACUUUCUGGAGUCUCCAUUUGGAACUGAAAUGAACUCUGAGGAUGCCGCUGGGACUCCAACAUGUUCCUGUCCUGAAGUAAUGCAAAAGGCUGCUCCUGUAAACCACCUGCCAAAAGGUGGAGAGAGAGACCAAACUGCUAACAGGCAAAUAUUUCCCCAGAAGGCCUCCCGAGUUCCUGUCCUGAACUGUGUGAAGAAGGAAAAACUUUGCAGACCUACAAGAUUGGCCCCUGAGGAAGCGAUGCCUGUGGUGGACUUCUUCCAGGCCAAAGACAAAGCCAAUACAGCCAGUCUGAACCCUCUUGCCAAAGACUUAUCUUGGGACGUACAGAUUGGCUGUGCUCCUUGCUUAAACUCCUGUGAGCCUGGGCUCCAAGAAGUUGUGGGGGCCUCUGAGGUCAUACAAAAGCUUCUCGAGAGACAUCCAGGGAAUAUUCCUUCCCAUAAUCCUCGCCUCUACAUGGCCAAGGCAGGGUGCACAAAGUCCAUUCCAAAGUUCAGAGUGUUAGCCUUUCCGGAUUUCUGGGGUCACCAAACGCUUCCAUAUAAUCAGUCUAUACACCAGAGGAGAUACAGCAUCCAAAAGGCCAAAAUCUUUGAAGACAUCCGCCGUGUCAUCCAGCCAGAUGAUACAAUAGAUCGAGUCAUCUUCAACAUAGAUGGUCCAAGCUGUGAUGCUCCGGAGUGCUUGAAAUUCUUUUCCAAAUUUGAGUCCGGGAACCUCUGCAAGGCCAUCCAGAUGCGGGAGUUUGAAUACGAUCUCAUUCUCAACGCUGAUGUAAACACCUCCCAGCACCAGCAGUGGUUCUACUUUGAGGUCAGCGCCAUGAAGUCAGCCACUCCCUACCGCUUCAAUGUCAUCAACUGCGAGAAGCCCAACAGCCAGUUUAACUAUGGCAUGCAGCCGGUUAUGUAUUCAGUGAAGGAAGCUCUCCAGGGCAGGCCUCACUGGAUUCGGGUGGGCUACGAUGUCUGUUAUUACAAAAAUCACUACCAGCGCUGUUCGGCAGUGGCGGCAGCAGCAGGCUCCUGUGGGAAAUCAUGCUACACCCUCACUUUCACCAUUGUGUUCCCCCACAAGGAUGACGUCUGCUACCUGGCCUACCACUACCCUUAUACCUACUCAGCCCUGAUGUCUCAACUUGCCAUCCUGGAACAAACCCGGAACCCGAAGAAAAUCUUCUUCCAGAAGCAGACCCUGUGCCAGACUCUGGGGGGGAACCCCUGUCCUCUGCUCACUGUCACGGCCAGGCCAGCCUCGGGAAGCAGUGGUGAUCUGGAGAAAGUCCGUGACCGUCGUUACGUGGUCUUAACGGCCCGUGUCCACCCUGGAGAAAGCAAUGCCAGCUGGGUAAUGAAGGGGACACUGGAGUUCCUCCUGAGCAAUGACCCCAUUGCAGACCUCCUGAGGCACUGCUUCAUCUUCAAGAUCAUUCCCAUGCUGAACCCAGAUGGAGUCAUCAAUGGCAAUCAGCGAUGCUCCCUCAGUGGAGAUGACUUGAACAGGCAGUGGCUGAAACCCAGUGCCACUCGCCAGCCCACCAUUUACCACACCAAGGGUCUCCUUUAUUACCUCAGAAGCCUUCGCCGGGCUCCAGUGGUGUUUUGCGACUAUCACGGCCAUUCUCAGAAGAAGAAUGUGUUCCUGUACGGAUGCAGCAUCAAGGAGACUUUGUGGCAGGCCGGGUGCAGCAUCGACACCAGUGUGGUCACGGAGGACGUGGGCUAUAGGACGCUCGCCAAGGUCUUAGAUAAAGUGGCCCCCGCCUUUCUCCUGAGCAGCUGCAACUUCCUGGUGGAGAAGUCCCGCGAAGCCACGGCGCGGGUGGUGGCAUGGCGUGAAAUGGGCGUGUUGAGGAGCUACACCAUGGAGAGCACCUUCUGUGGAUGCAGCCAUGGCCUCUACAAGGGUUUGCAGAUUGGCACUGGGGAGCUGGAAGAGAUGGGAGCCAAGUUCUGCCUGGGCCUCCUGGUGUUGCAGCUGAAAUCUCUGCCCUGCAGCAAGGAAGUGAUGGCUCAAGCGGCAUCUCUGCUGGACCUGGAAGAGGAAAUCACCGAUCUCCGGACACAAAGGAGCGGCAGCAGCAGUGUGGAGACAGACGACGAGCUUCCUGUUGGGGACGAAGUGGAUUAUAACACCGACAGCUGCUCCGACCAGGAAGGAGACUUCUUAGAGCUGGACGAUGCCAUCCGAGAAUAUCCCUUCCGGCUGGGCGGAGGGAGCGCAGAGGUGGAGGCCGGCAAAGGGCAGGUGUGCGGCCUCAAGCCUUGUGAUGGACUUUGUAUCUCCAGCCGGUAGAGUGUCCUCCGUGCUCCCUGUCAGCAUC